CUCCCUCCGCCCGGAUAGCCGGCGGCUGCGGCGGCGGCGGCGGCCGGGAGAGGCUCCUCCUUCACGCCCUGCUUCUCUCCCUCGCUCGCAGUCGAGCCGAGCCGGCGCACCCGCCUGGGCUCCAAACCUGCCCAAGCCAUGGCUGGCAACGUAAAGAAGAGCUCUGGGGCCGGGAGCGGCGGCGGCUCCGGGGGCUCGGGCUCGGGCGGCCUGAUUGGGCUCAUGAAGGACGCCUUCCAGCCGCAUCACCACCACCACCACCACCACCACCACCUCAGCCCCCACCCGCCGGGGACCGUGGACAAGAAGAUGGUGGAGAAGUGCUGGAAGCUCAUGGACAAGGUGAAAGGCCUGUGGAGCGCCCGCGGGAGCUGGGUGGUACGGUUGUGUCAGAACCCAAAGCUGGCGCUAAAGAAUAGCCCACCUUAUAUCUUAGACCUGCUACCAGAUACCUACCAGCAUCUCCGUACUAUCUUGUCAAGAUAUGAGGGGAAGAUGGAGACACUUGGAGAAAACGAGUAUUUUAGGGUGUUCAUGGAGAAUUUGAUGAAGAAAACUAAGCAAACCAUAAGCCUCUUCAAGGAGGGAAAAGAAAGAAUGUAUGAGGAGAAUUCUCAGCCUAGGCGAAACUUAACCAAAUUGUCCCUCAUCUUCAGCCACAUGCUGGCAGAACUAAAAGGAAUCUUUCCAAGUGGACUCUUUCAAGGAGACACAUUUCGGAUUACUAAAGCAGAUGCUGCGGAAUUUUGGAGAAAAGCUUUUGGGGAAAAGACAAUAGUCCCUUGGAAGAGCUUUCGACAGGCUCUACAUGAAGUACAUCCCAUCAGUUCUGGGCUGGAAGCCAUGGCUCUGAAAUCCACUAUUGAUCUGACCUGUAAUGAUUAUAUUUCAGUGUUUGAAUUUGACAUCUUUACACGACUCUUUCAGCCCUGGUCCUCUUUGCUCAGGAAUUGGAACAGCCUUGCUGUAACUCAUCCUGGUUACAUGGCAUUUUUGACAUAUGACGAAGUGAAAGCUCGGCUCCAGAAAUUCAUUCACAAACCUGGCAGUUACAUCUUCCGGCUGAGCUGUACUCGUCUGGGUCAGUGGGCUAUUGGGUAUGUUACUGCUGAUGGGAACAUUCUUCAGACAAUCCCUCACAAUAAACCUCUCUUCCAAGCACUGAUUGAUGGCUUCAGGGAAGGCUUCUAUUUGUUUCCUGAUGGACGAAAUCAGAAUCCUGAUCUGACUGGCUUAUGUGAACCAACUCCCCAAGACCAUAUCAAAGUGACCCAGGAACAAUAUGAAUUAUACUGUGAGAUGGGCUCCACAUUCCAACUGUGUAAAAUAUGUGCUGAAAAUGAUAAGGAUGUAAAGAUUGAGCCCUGUGGACACCUCAUGUGCACAUCCUGUCUUACAUCCUGGCAGGAAUCAGAAGGUCAGGGCUGUCCUUUCUGCCGAUGUGAAAUUAAAGGUACUGAACCCAUCGUGGUAGAUCCGUUUGAUCCUAGAGGGAGUGGCAGCCUGUUGAGGCAAGGAGCAGAGGGAGCUCCCUCCCCAAAUUAUGAUGAUGAUGACGAUGAACGAGCUGAUGAUACUCUUUUCAUGAUGAAGGAAUUGGCUGGUGCCAAGGUGGAACGGCCUCCUUCUCCAUUCUCCAUGGCCCCACAAGCUUCCCUUCCUCCGGUGCCACCACGACUUGACCUUCUGCCACAGCGUGUAUGUGUUCCCUCAAGUGCUUCUGCUCUUGGAACUGCUUCUAAGGCUGCUUCUGGCUCCCUUCAUAAAGACAAACCAUUGCCAGUACCUCCCACACUUCGAGAUCUUCCACCACCACCGCCUCCAGACCGGCCAUAUUCUGUUGGAGCAGAAUCCCGGCCUCAGAGACGCCCCCUGCCUUGUACACCAGGCGAUUGUCCAUCCAGAGACAAACUGCCCCCUGUCCCCUCUAGCCGCCUUGGAGACUCAUGGCUGCCCCGGCCAAUCCCCAAAGUACCCGUAUCUGCCCCAAGUUCCAGUGAUCCCUGGACAGGAAGAGAAUUAACCAACCGGCACUCACUUCCAUUUUCAUUGCCUUCACAAAUGGAGCCCAGACCAGAUGUGCCUAGGCUCGGAAGCACAUUCAGUCUGGAUACCUCCAUGAGUAUGAAUAGCAGCCCAUUAGUAGGUCCAGAGUGUGACCACCCCAAAAUCAAACCUUCCUCAUCUGCCAAUGCCAUUUAUUCUCUGGCUGCCAGACCUCUUCCUGUGCCAAAACUGCCACCUGGGGAACAGUGUGAGGAUGAAGAGGACACAGAGUACAUGACUCCCUCUUCCAGGCCUCUGCGGCCUUUGGAUACAUCCCAGAGUUCACGAGCAUGUGAUUGCGACCAGCAGAUUGAUAGCUGUACAUAUGAAGCAAUGUAUAAUAUUCAGUCUCAGGCGCCAUCUGUCACCGAGAGCAGCACCUUUGGUGAAGGGAAUUUGGCUGCAGCGCAUGCCAACACUGGUCCUGAGGAAUCAGAAAAUGAGGAUGAUGGGUAUGAUGUCCCAAAGCCACCUGUGCCGGUGGUGCUGGCCCGCCGGACUCUCUCAGAUAUCUCUAAUGCCAGCUCCUCCUUUGGCUGGUUGUCUCUGGAUGGUGAUCUCACAACAAAUGUCACCGAAGGUUCCCAAGUUCCCGAGAGGCCUCCUAAACCAUUCCCUCGGAGAAUCAACUCUGAACGGAAAGCUGUCAACUGUCAGCAAGGUAGCAGUGCUGCCUCCUCUGCUGCCACCGCCUCACCUCAGCUCUCCAGUGAGAUCGAGAACCUCCUGAGUCAGGGAUACUCCUACCAGGACAUCCAGAAAGCUUUGGUCAUUGCCCAGAACAACAUCGAGAUGGCCAAAAACAUCCUCCGGGAGUUUGUUUCCAUUUCUUCUCCUGCCCAUGUAGCUACCUAGCACACCACCUCCUUGCUGCAGGUUUAGAGGACCAGUGAGUUGGGAGUUAUUACUCAAGUAGCACCUAGAAGGGCAGGAGUUCCUUUGGAGACUUCACAGUGAAGUCUUACCCUCUCUGUGGGAUAUCACUUCAGUGGUUCCAAGAUUUCAAAGCAGUGAAGUGCAAAUGGAGCAGCUAGUAUGUUUUAUUAUUUUAUGGAUCUUGAGAGUGCAUUUGAGGGUGUCCUUCAGUUCCCACAUAGAGAGCGUGUGGAUUUUAUUACAUGGUAACCUACCUGGGGAACAGUCCAGAAAGCCGUAGAAUAAGUAUUGUGCUGGAAAUCCUAAUUGAGGACUUAAGACUUCCUAGGUUAAGGAUGUGGCCGUGUGUGUGUCUGUCUGCCUGUGGUUGUGUGUGUCCUCGUGAUUAUAAGAUUAACCUGCUGUGUGUGUUAAUUCCAGGCAAGGAAUUAUCACAAAAGGUUUAGGAAGGAAUCUUUUAAAGACUUCCAUCUACUGUGGUAUUAAACCCAAGCCUAGUGUGUAUUACAGCUUCAACACUCCCCUUUGGCUUAUAUUAUCAUGUGCAUAGCUAAAGUCUUACAUUUUUAGAACACCCUCUCUCUGUCCUUUCCCCAUCAGCUCCUUCCUCAUCCUUGUUGGUGUUCUGUCAUUGGCAGUGGGCUUGCUAUGACCAGCCUUACUGAGGCCAAGCAGCUUAUGGGAUGUUCUUUAUUGUGUGUGAUGGUAUUGGUUUGUUUGGUAGAUAGGUGGGAGGAAAAGUACUGUAGCUACACUAUUAUAGUCAUGUUUGAUACUAGCAGCUAACACUGGUCACUCCAAAACACUGUUUCUAUAGGAACAUUGAAUUGAUUAAGAUGUUUUGAUUAUCCUAAUUACAUCAUGACUGAUUUGAGAUAGAGGCCUUCAAAUACAUUCCAUGCCCUCCCCAGAAAAGAGUCUGUGGGAGUCAGUUGCCUUGGUGCCAGGUAUAUGUUCUGAUGUAGGUCAUGAGUCUUUUUACUUAAUGAAGAAGGGAAAAACAUGUAUUUCCAGGAUGACUUUCUGGCCAGAAUACCAGAAAGCUUUUAGAAAGCUUCGUUCACAUGCUAUUUAAAUGCACAAAAUAGAGAGUAAGGAUUUAUCCGUUCAGUUUUUUCUUCCCAGUGAACUAAUUUCAGCAUGGGUGUCUUCAUUUGAACAUGAGGAAUACUAGUUAGAUUUUCAGCAAUGGUUUUCCUUUUCCCUUUAAGGAGUGGGGAUAAUACCCGUGGUAUUAUCCUCUUGCUGAUAGCAACUUCCCUGCCUUGCUGCCUCCUGAUGAUGUGGUUUUUUCUUGUGCCUGUGGCUUUGGGAAUGUAACGUCUCUUUCCUCCUUUCCUUCCCUUUUCCUCUUCACCUGAGGUCCUAACUACUCUCUGUAAUUACUGUGUUCUUCACAGUAUUAGACAUCAUUCGGUGAAUAAAUUACUGCAGUCAAAGACAAUAUAUGCUGGCAGUUUGUGUAAUUGCAAGUUCAUAAAGAAGAUUAAGGGUCCAGUUUGGAGAACCAUUAGUCAGUUCCUUUAUAUUGCUGGUAAAUGAUCCCUGGAGUUCAGUUAGUAUACUGUCCAGAGUGUUUUGCUGACUUCCUUAAGCAGCAUGUAACCUUUCUCCACGUCAGAAGCAAGCCUGCUCUUUAAUAAAUCUGUCUUCCUGAAAAUCUAAAUCAUUGCUUUUGUCUUUAGAUCUAGACAGAAAUGACCCUCCUUGGAUUAGUUUUCUUUUCAGUCUUAUCAUCUUUGGAACUAAAACUUGUUCUAACUCGUCUCUUGGCAUUCAGCUACUUCUGGAUCUUUUGAUUUUAUCCUCUGGCCUGAGAGCCAUUUAUGUUCUCAGAGUAGGCAGUACAGGACCUUGUGUUGAUUUGCUGUAAUUACCCAGUGUCUUCUCUACAUGGCAUAAAGCGGCAUAGCCCACCAUUAGGUGAGGUGGUCCCAAAUUGGGGUGGAGUGGGCAGAGGAAAAUGGCAGUGAAUAGCAAACAGUAGACCCCCGGCAACUUCUAAACGCCAGUACACAUACUGUUUCAUUUGAGGUAACGUUCAGUUUUGCAUUUUAAAUAUUGAAGGCCUAGACAAAGAACUAGAAAAAAUGGCAGCAGUUUCCAGGCCUAUCCAUAUUGUAACUUUUUUAUCUGCAGAUAUUGCCCGUAGUCUAAAGAUCUGUUCAGAAGACAACGCACUGGCUAUGUAUCUUUUGCCUUUUCCGUGCAUCUAAAUCUUCCCUGGAAAUUAUUGGCCCUACUGCGUAAGCUAAGGGCAGUCUCGACUUUUCCUUUUUUGAGUCCUGUGUGGCUCUGAAUCAGCCUGGAACUGAGGCUGCAGCUCCCUGUGUUGUACAUGUGCCCCAUGGAUGGGCUUGGGUGUUAGUUUGUCACAGUUGUCUGCCAGCAUUCAAGGUUUGGGAUCAUUUCAUGAGGAUUUUUCCUUUGACUGGGUGCUCUGAGAACAUACCUGGCCCUGUGUCUGAGAUUUCCAGGCAAGACUAAGGAAGGUUUUCAUGUGGCUUUUGUUUUGAGGUUAUUCUCAAAAGCUUAAUUAUUUAUAUUUUCUGUUGACUAAGGCACCAGUAACCCAUUCUUCAUCCCCCAUUUGUAUGGCAAUUUAAAAUUCUUUGGCUCUGCUCUGAAUUUAAUUGAAACUGCCAUUGAUGAACAGACUUCAGGUUUUGCCAUUUUUGGCAAGCCCAUCCCCUUGUCCCUUCCCUUUGUUCUCCUUUUUCUCAUAUUCAUUGGGCUGUUGCAUUCAGCCCAGUUUCGUGCUUUCCCUGUGUCUUCGUGGGUUGCUUUCCGAGCUGCCUUGUUGCUGCGUUGCUGCUCUGCAGCAACCACAACUGGACCUUUCCAGCUGCCCAUGUUCCUUCCACUAAAAUAGAGGGUUCUUACCUGUGGGCUCUUAAUAUACCUCCCUUUAGUUAAGUAAUAGACCAGGCAGCUUCUCAUCUCAGCGUGUAUCUGUAAUAUUUUUGUGAACAGUGCUCUCUGCCUGUGGGUAGCUACUCUCUUCCACUCGCUCGUCUCCCCCCAGCCCCAUGCUACAUAAUCUGCCAUUCUUCCGGCCCCUUUUUCUCCUUACACAAACCCUCAUUACCGGGGCCCAUGAUGUGGGAUAGUACUCUUAGUAUUAUUUAGCUAUUUUGUGGAUUUAAAAGAUUUUUUUUCUGGUUAAGGGAGGUGGGAGUCACUGUUGAUCACUCUUAAGAUAUAUGUUUUCUCUAUAGGAAAGUAAAAUGUAUUUAUGGUCCAAACAGUCAACUUACAAAUUUUUAUAACAAAACUUGCUUGUAAAAACUAGGGACCACCUGUGUAUUCCCUUUAAGAUCUAGUUCUUUUUGUAGGUGUUCAACAAUGGUGAUAAAGCAGAAUAUUCUCCUACCUCACAUCAUGAAAGUCAGAAGAUUAGACCUUCUCAAACUAUAAGCCCCCCUUCUUGCCAUUGGCCUUUCUGACUUUGGAAUGACCACUGUUCAUUGAAAAAUAGUUUUCUGACUAUUGACCUGGCUGUAACAGUUCAUUUGUUCAUCCAGCAAAUGUUUAUGUGUGAUGACCAUGUGCCAGAACUGUCAGGUAUGUGUCCUUCUCUUGCCACUGCAUGAUAGUUUACUGAUGUUUAGGGGAUUGUACUUGGUAUCUCUUAGCCCCUGCAUUUGACCUUAAAAUAGCUCUUCCCAAUAAGAUUGUGCAGUUUUUAUUCACAGCUCUUUCACGUAGACUGACCUUUCCUUGUAGAGCUAUCCUGGUUAAUAGCAGGCCAAGAUUCUUCCAUUAUCCCCUGUUGUCUCCUAUAGCUUUGAUAAUGCCUGGGAGAUUCCUUGAUGUAAGUCUCAUGGAUACCUACUGUUUUUAUGUAUUUCAUUGGAAUCUGUUUGGUGAGUUGAAGGGUAAGUUGGCUCAGAGUUGCACAGUAAGGCAUUAAAUGUUUAAACAAAGCAUCUACCCACAUCCCCCUUUCCAAUCUAGUGCCUUCCUUGAACUUUUUCCUGAGCUGCUGUGUCCCUAAUCUCCUUUGUUGGGAGGAUUUUCGUAUCACCCCUCUGCAGGCUGUCACCAUGUCCUGUACUAUUUGGAAUUGGUUUUCCAGUCUUUCAACAACCUUUGCAGCUAACUCUGUGUUUUAGAAGGGCUGGAGCUGUGGGUCCUAUCUUUGGGUCCUGAUCUUCAGUCAGUUGUUUGGUCUUCCAAGAGCCAGGCAUUAAUACAGAUUGAACUUAAUCAGUCCUCUAAUUGUCAGCCUUUACCUCCCCAUCAAGAGCAAGGAGUUUAGGGACCCUGAAGCUUAGUGUUCACACAUUAUUCUCCCAGACCUUAGAGCUUUAGAAGUUCAAUCUAAAGUACUCUAACUUAGCUUAACUAUUAGUGUCACUCCUUUGAACUCAGUCUCCAUGAGUGGUCUUUUGUUAGGAAUAUAUAGAACUGCUUAAUGCCUAGAGGGUGGUGGAUAGUGGAAGGUAGUCGAGGUUAUAUUUUUGACUGUUCUGCUUAGGGAUCCUUUGGAUAACAAGAAACAGAUGUUCAAGCGUAUGAAAGGAGGGAGUCAUUAUAAGGAUGCAGGGUGUUUCAUAGGACCCAGGGUGGGACGUGCUGUUGGUUUUCUGGUGGAGCUGAACUGCAGAGCUUUGCACCUGUUUCUUCCUCCCACUUCACAGUCUGUUUAUGGGAUGUGUGGCCCCCAAAUAGGCACUCCAGUCCUUAAAUCCACACCACCUUCCAACUCUGGGGAUCACUGUGAACAAAUUCCCAAUUUCCUAGACUUCAUAUUCUUAAGAAAAACUACAUUCAGCCCAGUACAUAGAUCAAGUAUCUAUCCCUGAGCAGUUGGCCUUGCCAGGGAGAGCAGAGAUGUGGCAGACUCCUUCAGCUGGAGUUAGGGAGCUUCUAGAGAAGAGGGCAGAGACUCCACAGACAUCCUCAAAAGGCUUCUACUUGGGGAGUAAAGCUGCUACUCCUGCCUUUUUGCUAGUGGAAAGGAAGGCACCGGAGUUUGUCCAGGACAUCAUAGAAAUUCUUAGGUUUAACUUAAUUCUGGUCAUUGUCUUUAUUCCCUGUUUUUCUUCCCUUUGUCAGUCUUGGCAUCCAAGAUUUCUUACCUCCCUCUUGUGGGCCAGCCUGUCCUGUUCCAGAGCUAGCCUGUUUCUGGGUGGCCUUCCUUAGCCUCCAUUCAGCCUCAGGUCUUUUGCCUUCUGAAUCCAUGUUAUUUAGAAAGCAGAAUCUCAUAACAGGCUCCACUGUAGCCACUACCCAUGGACUUCUGUUCAGGUUUGAGUGAUUGAAAAUAUGUUCAUUCUCUGGACUUGUGGCCUGUCUUCUCUACUCUCCUCCUUACUGUCUCAUUCCCUCCUGUGUGAGGGCUGCUCUGCAGUAAUGUUCUCAGGUAAGCCUUCCCAGGCACCUCAGAAACUACUUUGCCAGAGCCAGUAAGAAUAUAUAAUAUUGGAGCAGUUGCCAGGAUAGAAAUCAAAUACAGACUCCAGCUUAGGAUAGAGUUUUUACUGAGAGCUCGCUGGACGGUAUACCUGUGUCUUCUGGCAAUUGCUUUCUUUUUAGCCCUGUAUAAAAGCUUUCCUUUUCUGUUUUUUUAAAGCCGUACUUUUGCUUGCUUGAAUUUUUUGAUCUUAUAUUUAUCUCAUCUUAGACAUUGUAAGGCAUUUCAUACUGCCUUACUUAAAAGUUUUUUAAACUACGAGAGUCAUUUGAUACACACAGAUGUUACCUAAUAAUCCAAAGAUGUCCAUCAAGGGAGGAAGGGUGGGUCGUCAGACUUCACCUUUGAUGUUGUAGUCUAGGCUCCUGAGUUUAGCAGCAGAGGGACAGCAGUGCCAUGUGCCUUCACUGUGUUACAGAAAGUCUGGGUUGGUUUCAUUGGGAAAUACCAGUGUUUCUUGGUUCUGGAAAGUAGUAAAGAGUCAGAGAUGGAAAAAUAGGGAUGGGGAGAGCAAGCUCCGAGUGACCAUGGUGAGUCAGGUGGGAAGACAGGUGGAAAGGCCGGCUAUUGACGGAGAGACUAAGCUGGGUGGCUCUUUUGCCACCCCUUCCUGGGUACAGAGCUUCAGAAAAAUGCAGCCGACCACUCUCUGUUUGUACAGGGCAAAGCCCAAAAGCCAGCCUCAAAUCUCCUGAUUUGGUAGCUGAAGAAAGCAGCAGAGUCCUGAUUGCCUGAUUCAGUCCCAAAAAGGAAUGUCAGCCCCUCCGCCCCCACACACUCUGCGCCGUUGCCUCUCCUACAUUCUCCUUCUACCCCUAAAUCAGACGGGAGGCCAGAGAGGAGUAUUGCUCAAUACAUGCUGUGUGCAACUCCUCAGGCCUUGCGCCACCUCCAUGCUAAGCCCUGAAGUGGGGUGUCCUGGGUGCCUGGGCGUCAGCUCCCUCCUUCCUACCUACCUCUGACCUUGUUGUGGAUGAGGGUAGCCAUGCUUAUGGCUGUCUUUAAAACUGGAGAGGCAGAGAACCACUUGGGAGUCUGUAGACCACGUGUUGUCUUCCAUGGCCUCUUUCUCCUGCUGUCUGGGUGAGCGAGUGUACAAUGCAAUGCCCAUGAGAGUAAAUGCCUCCUGACCUACCCUGCUCAGCACUGUUCUAGUGUCUUGGCCUUGAAAUAAAAGCCUGACUUCCUGCUGAAACGUGGUAGGGGCAUGGCAGCUAUGAGGUACCUCCUACAUCUGCUUUCUGGCUGUGGUGACUUGGGAUUUUUAACCUUAUAUAUCUUUUUCCUUUAUUCAAAACAAAACAAUUUUUAGCACACUGAAAAAAAAAAAAAGCCAAAUGUUUUGUGCCUUUCUAAGGCAGCACUGUAUCCCAGGCUGCAUUUUAGGACUUAAUAUGGAAAUACCAGAGUCGGAGCUCCUCUACCUUGAGUAUCAUUAGUCCCUAGUGUCUAAAGGACAGGAAAGAAUGCUCUCUGUGACUGAAGAGGUGGCAUGCAGGUGCAUUGUGUCCAGAGUCCCUUUCCCCUGCCAUAAGGCUUCAGUGGAGAGAAGCAUUGUACCCUGGGAUCAUUCGAUUGGUUCCGAUCCCAAGCUUAGUUAUCAGGUUGAAUGCCUUGUCUCCUGCAAGAGACAGAAUGUUCCACAGUUUCCAGGUGAACUCUGGACCAUUUUAAGUGUCCUAGCCUCCUGAUGACAUUAAUUACCCAACUGCGCGGAGGAGUGUAGAAUGGACUCUCCUGAGAAGGGGAGCUUGGUUGUUUUGUCUUUUCUUUUUGCUGGAUCCUGAACUGGUCUAAACCUCCUGCCCCCACCCCCAGCCCCCAUCAGAUGUGGCUGGCCUUUCCUUUGAAGACCUCAGACUUAAAGCAUUAAGCAGCUAGUGCCCUCUGCAGGGCCUGGAUUCCCCAGGGAAGGGCAGCAAGGAACAGGGACCAGAAGCCUGUCCUCAGUAAUGUGACCAUAGUGAGCUUUAGCAAAAGUUUUUCUAUAUAACAUUUUACUUGUCUCUUACGCUUUCCUCAGUUUUCCCUUGCCUUUAAUAAAGAAUUGGAAGAUAGGAAUUUUAAAGUCCUUCUUAUUCAAGAUUUUGAAAUUCUUAACCUGGGGGUGCUGGAGAUAACUUGAUGCUUUCUCCCGAAUGUAGAGUCCCAAUUUGUAUAUCAGUGUUAAGAAAACAAACACAUAGAUGAGAUUUUCGUGGACUAUUUUAAAAAUGUGUCAUUAAUAUAAAAAAAUUUAUAUUAGCAGUAUUUAAUCUUUCUCACCUGUAAAGAAUAAAACAGAAGGUAAAUAUUCUUACAGAGAAUAGCAGAGCUUUAAGAUUCAUUUUCAUCUUAAGUCCAUUUUAUUUUGCCAAUGUAUUAAUGUUUAGAGGUCUGUUAUACUAAUGUUAUUUAUUAAUUUUUUUCAUUUCCAUACACAGUUAACUAAAGAGCUUUUUCAAGCACCCAUGUCUGUAAAAAAAAAUAUUUUUAAAUAAAGUUUCUUUUGUUGUAGCUGA